GUUUUUUUUUUUUGGGUCGCUCCAACUCCAAGGAGGGGCGAGAAAAGAAAAAAAACGGUUUAGCGGCUGAAGAAGAGGAGCGGCGAGAAACGGCUGCUGGAGGAGGAGAGACAGGAGGACGGAGGUGAAGGAGGCUGGACCUGGACGUCUUCUCGGCGGUCUCAAGUGGAUGUGGAUCCUAGUGAAGGACCGGCGGAGAGGAUUCCACUAAAGGAAUAUAUCACUUGUCAGAGCCUGCUGACCUGUAGCCACAGCUGAGGGACUGGACGACUCCUGUCUCACUAUGUCUUCUGCCCUCCAAGGAAAGCUGCAGCGGGACGGAGACCACAAGAAACCAGUGAUCGUUUUGGAGGGGAACAUUGCCAGUGGGAAGACCACGUGUCUGGAGUACUUCAGCAGAACCAGCGAUGUCAAGGUCCUCACAGAGCCGGUCUCCAAGUGGAGGAACGUCCGAGGACACAAUCCUCUGGCUCUGAGGUACCAGGAUCCUGAACGCUGGGGCCUGACGCUGCAGAGCUACAUCCAGCUCACCAUGCUGGACCGACACACGUCCACCACAGAGGCUCCCGUCAAGAUGAUGGAGAGGUCCAUCUUCAGCGCCAAGUACGUCUUUGAGGAGAACCUCUUCAGAAGUGGGAAGAUGCCCGAGGUGGACUUUGCCGUGCUCAAUGAGUGGUUCGACUGGAUCACCACCAACGUGUCCAUUCCUGUGGAUCUGAUCGUCUACCUGCAGACGGAUCCUGAGACGUGCCACCGGCGGCUGAAGCAGCGCUGCCGAGAGACGGAGGAGGAGGGCAUUACACUGGAGCACCUGCAGGCCAUCCACGAGCUGUACGAGGACUGGCUGGUCAGACGGACCUCGUUCUCGCUGCCGGCUCCCGUCUUGGUGAUUCCUGCGGACGGCGACCAUCAGGACAUGAUGCUCAAGUACGAAGAGAACCGAGAGCAGAUCCUGGCUGCUGCAACGUUCUGACACGCGCGCACACACACACACACACACACACACACACACACACACACACACACACACACACACACACACACACACACACACACACACACACACACUCCCAAUCUGAGCAGAGCUCUGAACCUGGGGGGAUCUGAAGGAGACUCACGGAGUUCUUCAUUUUUCUCAAUUUUAACUGAAGAAUGUUUGAAAUGUUUUUUUUCUGUUGGAAUCAAUAAAACUGAUCUUUUUGAA